GCCUUGGAACAAAUGCCCCGUUAUGUGAAGUUCAUGAAGGAGAUAUUGUCUAAGAAGAGAAAAUUGGAGGACUAUGAAACAGUGGCAUUAACUGAGGAGUGUAGCGCCAUUUUGCAAAAGAAAUUACCUCCCAAGCUUAAAGAUCUGGGUAGUUUCAAUAUUCCAUGCUCUAUAGAGGGUUCGGUGGAAACUAAAGCUCUAUGUGAUCUAGGAGCAAGCAUUAAUCUAAUGCCAUUGUCUGUCUUCAAAAGGUUAGGAUUGGGAAAAGCAAAGCCCACAACAGUGACUUUACAACUAGCGGAUCGUUCUUUGACUCAUCCUCGUGGGAUAAUUGAAGAUGUACUGGUGAAGGUUGGUAAGUUUAUCUUCCCUGCUGAUUUCUUAAUUCUUGAUAUGGAGGAAGAUUCAACUAUUCCCAUUAUUUUGGGAAGACCAUUCUUAGCCACGGGCCGAGCAUUAAUAGAUGUUCAAAAGGGAGAGUUAAAGUUGAGAGUGCAAGAUGAAGAGGUCAAUUUUAAUGUUUUUGCCCCAACCGACAUGCCUACCUGUUGCAAGAUUGAGAUGGUGAAGGGUUCUUAUGUUAAAGCUGAUAAGAAGAAAGCAAAGCCUAAAGAGCGACGGUCUCAGGAAGAGGCUAAGCAAAGGGAAGCCCAAGCGAAGGCGAUGAUCCGAGAGGAGGUCCUUCAGAGGGAUAGGUUGGAGGCCAAGCACCGGGAAGCAUUGAGGGCGGAGGGCGAGGCUGUUGCCAAGGCCAAACGCGAGCUCCGAAAGGCUAGGGAGGCCUUAGACGAAAUGGCUGCCAAGGCUAAGAAAGAUGAGCUCCUCUCUCCUGUCUACUGCAGCCGAUGCAUUAAGCGCUUCGAUGAUGGUGUCUAUAUGGCCUGGUCAACAAAUGGCCAGAGUAUCAAGCUUGACUUCUACCCAAAACCUACGGAGAUGAUUGCCAAAUUCCGGGAGAAGAAGAAGAAGCUUGACGCCAUGCUGGAGGCACGCAUUGGUCCUCCCCUUCCUCCACGAAUUAACUAG